CCGGGGCUCAGCCGGAGCUGGCGGCGGCAUGGGCUCUCCAGGAAGGGCGAGAGAAAUGCCUGUGCACCUUAAUCUCCCUUUCCCUCCCCUCCACCCCUGCGGCCGGCUUAUUGUGUUCUCGCUCCCCAUCUUUACCCGAUUACCUACAUCGUCACCCUCCUUCCGACCUCGGUUCCCUGCUUUUAACUCCAGUUUCUCACUUAAACCUCAGCUACUCAAGCUCUUCUCUCCCAUGUCCGGCCGGAGACUUCAUACACCAGCAACACUUAAUAGUUUCUUUCACGCAAUGCCUCCCAUCUUUCCCCUCUCCCGCAUCCCAUUCUGGAGUGAUGGCAGCUAGAAAGCCUUCGUGUUGCAUUAUACCUGCAGCUUCCACCUGUCCCCGAAGCUUGGCACUGAUCGAGUAAGCCACACCCACGCUGAGAACGACCGCUAGGCAGGGAACACCACUUAUCCCAAAGUGGUGUUUAGGAAUAUGUUCUCUCUUGCUCUCUAGUCUUGCUUUCUAGUCUGGGUAUUUGUUACUCUCCAUCACCAUACUUUACAAAGGUAUGUUUUGGUUGCGUGAAAGGGAGGAGUUAGGAAUGAGCCAAAGACCAUUCGCAGGUAAGAAAGUUUAGAAAUAGACCUUUAGAAUUAAAUGAAGAAAGGAAAAACUGAGAAUGCUAAAGUUAGUUUUUUCAAAGCAGUUUGAGAUCUUUUGUGAUCUGAUGAAGUGGAACUUAUUUACCCUUUACAGAUUGACAUUUUGGGAGACAAUUUCAUGAUGCUUGAUGCACUCCUGGAGUAAUGUGAACAGAACUUCUCCAACUUGCAUAUUAUAUCAGCUGGAACCAGCGGUGUAUUUUAAUGUUCACUUAAAUCAGAACUUGUAUAAGAAAAAGAAUGGAAGUCUGGUUAAAUAAAAAUGACUAUGUCAGAGACUUGAAAAGGAUCAUUCUUUGUUUUCUAAUAGUAUAUAUGGCCGUUUUAGUGGGUACAGAUCAGGAUUUUUACAGUUUACUUGGAGUAUCCAAAACUGCAAGCAGUAGAGAAAUAAGACAAGCUUUCAAGAAAUUGGCAUUGAAGCUACAUCCUGAUAAAAACCCGAAUAACCCAAACGCACAUAGUGAUUUUUUAAAAAUAAAUAGAGCAUAUGAAGUACUCAAAGAUGAAGAUCUGCGGAAAAAGUAUGACAAAUACGGAGAAAAGGGACUUGCAGAUAAUCAAGAAGGAGGCCAGUAUGAAAGCUGGAAUUAUUAUCGUUAUGAUUUUGGUAUUUAUGAUGAUGAUCCUGAAAUCAUAACACUGGAUAGAAGAGAGUUUGAUGCUGCUGUUAAUUCUGGAGAACUUUGGUUUGUGAACUUUUACUCCCCAGGAUGUUCACACUGCCAUGAUUUAGCUCCCACAUGGAGAGACUUUGCUAAAGAAGUGGAUGGAUUACUUCGAAUUGGUGCUGUUAACUGUGGUGAUGAUAGAAUGCUUUGCCGAAUGAAGGGAGUCAACAGUUAUCCCAGCCUCUUCAUUUUUAGGUCUGGAAUGGCUGCAGUGAAAUAUCAUGGUGACAGAUCAAAGGAAAGUUUAGUGAGUUUUGCCAUGCAGCAUGUUAGAAGCACCGUGACAGAAUUAUGGACAGGGAAUUUUGUUAACUCCAUACAAACUGCUUUUGCUGCUGGUGUUGGCUGGCUGAUCACUUUUUGUUCCAAAGGAGGAGAUUGUUUGACUUCACAGACGCAACUCAGGCUCAGUGGCAUGUUGGAUGGUCUUGUUAAUGUAGGGUGGAUGGACUGUGCCACCCAGGACAACCUUUGUAAAAGUUUGGAUAUUACAACAAGUACUACUGCCUAUUUUCCUCCUGGAGCCACUUUAAGUAACAAAGAGAAAAGCAGUGUUUUGUUCCUUAAUUCAUUGGAUGCUAAAGAAAUAUAUUUGGAAAUAAUGCAUAAUCUUCCAGAUUUUGAACUACUUUCGGCAAACACACUAGAGGAUCGGUUGGCUCAUCAUCGAUGGCUCAUAUUUUUUAAUUUUGGAAAACAUGAAAAUUCAAAUGAUCCUGAAUUGAAGAAACUAAAAACUCUACUUAAAAAUGAACAUAUUCAAGUUGGCAAGUUUGACUGUUCCUCUGCACCAGACAUCUGUAGUAAUCUGUAUGUGUUUCAGCCAUGUCUAGCAGUAUUUAAAGGACAAGGAACCAGGGAAUACGAAAUUCAUCAUGGAAAGAAGAUUCUAUAUGAUAUACUUGCCUUUGCCAAAGAAAGUGUUAAUUCUCAUGUUACCACACUUGGACCUCAAAAUUUUCCUGCCAAUGACAAGGAACCGUGGCUCGUUGAUUUUUUUGCCCCAUGGUGUCCACCGUGUCGAGCUUUAUUGCCAGAGUUACGAAAAGCAUCAAAGCAUCUUUACGGUCAGCUUAAGUUUGGUACACUAGAUUGUACAGUUCAUGAGGGACUCUGUAACAUGUAUAACAUUCAGGCUUAUCCAACAACAGUGGUUUUCAACCAGUCCAAUGUUCAUGAAUAUGAAGGACAUCACUCUGCUGAACAGAUCUUGGAAUUCGUAGAGGAUCUUAUGAAUCCUUCAGUGAUCACCCUGACACCCACCACUUUCAACGAACUAGUUAAACAGAGAAAACAGGACGAAGUCUGGAUGGUUGAUUUCUAUUCUCCUUGGUGUCAUCCCUGUCAAGUCCUAAUGCCAGAAUGGAAAAGAAUGGCCCGGACAUUAACUGGACUGAUCAAUGUGGGCAGUAUAGACUGCCAACAGUAUCAUUCUUUUUGUGCCCAAGAAAAUGUUCGGAGAUACCCUGAGAUAAGAUUUUUCCCCCAAAAAUCAAAUAAAGCUUAUCAGUAUCAUAGUUACAAUGGAUGGAAUAGAGAUGCUUAUUCCCUGAGAAUUUGGGGUCUAGGAUUCUUACCUCAAGCAUCCAUAGAUCUAACGCCUCAGACUUUCAAUGAAAAAGUUAUACAAGGGAAAAAUCACUGGGUGGUUGAUUUCUAUGCUCCUUGGUGUGGACCUUGCCAGAAUUUUGCUCCAGAGUUUGAGCUCUUAGCUAGGAUGGUUAAAGGAAAAGUGAAAGCUGGAAAAGUAGACUGUCAGGCUUAUGCUCAAACAUGCCAGAAAGCUGGCAUCAGAGCCUAUCCAACUGUUAAAUUUUUUCCCUACGAAAGAACAAAGAGAAAUAUUUGGGGAGAGCAAAUAGAUGCCAGAGAUGCAAAAGAGAUUGCUACCUUAAUAUAUGAAAAAUUGAAAAAUCUCCAAAAUCAUGGAAAAAGAGAUAAGGAUGAACUUUAAUGAUGUUAAAGAUGAAGAAAAAAGAGAAGGAAUUCUAACAAAUGACAUCAGAAGACAUCUUUUUAGGAUGUUACUACUUGGUGGGAAUAAAUGAACAUUAUCUUGGA